ACCUGCAGCAGCGGCACCAAACCCUGACAAGAUAACCUCUGAGAUGAAGGAGCUGCAACUAUGGCUGCAGCGCAAACGCUCUGGGACCCCAUUCCGGAAGAGGGUCCAGCAGGGCACCAAUCUCUCUCGCCUCCAGCAUACCUCGAUACCCCAGACCUCUGUCAGCCCCGGCGUGCUGGCAGAGUACAGUGCAGGUCCCAGCUAUGGCCUGCACUCCGAAGAUCAUUCCAGCAACACUAUAGUCGCAACUAUGAAGUGUACAUUGCGGCGGCGCUUGAAGACACAAGUUUGCAGACCGGAGCAGGGAACCCAAGAUGUCCUUCGUAUCAAAUGGUGGUGGACUGGGUCUGUGAUUGGGUAAGAACAAAGACAAGAGACGAAGUCGCAAAUGCAUUCCAGUUGUGCGGAUUGGUGCACAAGGCAGAUUUCAAACUGGAGAAGCUACAUCCACCACUCAAGGCUCUCUUCAACUCCGUUUUGGACAUGAAUGAGUGGAAUGCUCUAUAUAGGGAAGAGUUCACUGACGCUCCAGAACCUCUGAAUGUGGAACUUCUGCAACCCCCAGAGUACUUCAUCCCUUACGAUCCACAAGAAGGAGAGCCUUGUAGUUUGUGGCAGUGUCUUCAUCGGGCUAUUUAUGGUCCUCAUGGUGCCAUCACAUGCGAUGAGUUUAGACACGUUGUCAUAGAUGAGAUGAAGGGGAUGGCUGAUCUGGCAGACAUCACAGGUGUUGAGUAUUUCUCACAAUUGCAGAGUGGUGGCACAGCUGAUGAAGACACGGUGGGCUAUGCAGUCAGUCAGUUGACAUUGGCACUGCUGCCCAUUCGCUUGCACCUUGAUCAGCGACACAUUGAAUUUCUUAUUGCAUUCUUCAGCCCACCACCACCACCUCCACCUCCGUCUGUUGUGGAUGGAUAUGUUGGUGGUAGCUCGAGAGGGGGAGAUGCAGACGGAGGCAGGUGGGGUGGAUGGUCGGAUGGAGGAGGGGGAUGGGGUAUUGUUGAAGAUUUCACAAAGGAAGUCAAGAUUGAGGAGGCUUUGCUUCCAUUUUUUCAGUCGUGUGAUAUCAGGCAAUUGACCAUCCGAGUAGACUACUUGCCCCGAAGGAUCGACUUGGCUGCCCUCCGGAAUGGCAAUUAUGUGGAGCUUCUGAAUCUCAUCUCAUGGAAGGGGCCAUGCUACUGUAUUGUUCCAAUUUUAACGGAUGCCCCUGUAGGACAGCUCAAAAAAAUGGGUUUUUAAGUGCAGUGAGGAAUCAAACAUUGAGAACGGUCCUACUUGAAGGUGUAAAUAGUAAAUACUGAAUAUCUAA